UUCUGAUGUUGUCAGUCAGUUUGAUGAUUAAACUCCUGCAGCAGCCUGCUGGUUGUUUGACUCAUGCAACUACAGUGGCCGCACUCUUGUUAUCAUUCCCAUCCAUGAGCCUGCGUGGUCACGACGCGCGGUCGAUACCUGCCUAUCGGAAUUUCUGCUCCCCUCUUGAACCGUGUGAAGUCAUCGUCUCUGUCACUGCUGCUCCGUUGGCUGAGGGGGCUGCCAUUCACCGAGCCUGCCCGCCCCGCAGCGCCCAGAGCGGCGCGGCAGCGGUGAGGAGACAGGGGGAGAGGGCGCAGUGAGGUGUGACAGCAACCGGACCAGAGAGGGAGAGAGGGGGCGGCGGCAGCAGCAUGUCACUGCUCCACUGACUGAACAACCGUGUGGUGUCUCUGCCACUCAUCACACACACACGCGCCGAUGAAAGGAUGCCCCACCGCCGCCGCUGACCAGGUGUUGCACCACAGACGAAUACCGGGGACGUGGUUGCCGUUGACGUGACGGGAGAUCAACUUGUACCGUGCGCCCUCGUCCCGACAGAGAAGAUGCUGAGCCGACUGAUGAGCAGCAGCAUCCGGAGUCUGGACAGGGAAUACAACUGCACCGUGAGGCUGCUGGACGACUCGGAGUACACCUGCACGAUCCAGCGGGAUGCCAAGGGACAGUACCUGUUUGACCUAAUUUGCCAUCAUCUCAACCUGCUGGAGAAAGACUACUUUGGUAUUAGAUAUGUUGACCCAGACAAGCAGAGGCACUGGUUGGAGUUUACAAAGUCUAUUGCCAAACAAAUGAAAUCCCAGCCUCCAUUCACUAUGUGCUUGCGUGUCAAGUUUUACCCACCUGACCCUGCUGCCCUGAGAGAAGAAAUCACCAGAUAUCUCGUCUUCCUGCAGGUUAAGAGGGAUCUCUACCAUGGUCGGCUCCUGUGCAAAACGUCAGAUGCUGCUUUGCUGGCUGCCUACAUAUUACAAGCUGAAAUUGGUGACCACGACCCUGGGAAACACCCAGAGGGCUACAGCUCCAAGUUCCAGUUCUUUCCCAAGCACUCAGAGAAGCUGGAGCGAAGGAUUGCUGAGAUCCAUAAGACUGAGUUGAUGUAA